AAGACCGCUGUCAUAAGAAAAUGGCUGCCUCAGAAUGUGCCAAAUUUUGUGUUGUGCUUUUCACAAUAAUCAUUGCCCUUGUCUCAGCCUCUAAAUCGGAUAAACGCAAGGAUGUUAUUGAUGUUCAGGGUUAUAUAACUUUACAGAACUUAGUGAAAGAAUUACAAGCAACACUAAAGGUCCAUGAAUCUCGAUUUGAAAUGUUGGAGAAGAGGCUACUUCAGUCGGAGAGGAAAACUGAUCUGCUGGUUAGAGAGAGAAAACGAAACUUGCAAGUCAUUAACCAACUCAGCCGACGUGUAUCUGGUAUUGAGAACAAGGAAACUCAAAUAAAACCGUUUGCAAGUAUGAAGAUCCGGCGAGACAACGCACAGAAAUACGUUUCUGAAAUAAGAAAAGAACGUGUACUCGUUCCUCCAACAUCUCCCACUGAUCAAGUCGCCUUCUACGCAUACCUGACCACCAACUUAAUUAGUCCUGGUGCUAAUCAAAUCAUAAAAUUUGAUCAUGUCAUGGUUAACAUUGGCAAUGGCUAUCACAACAACUUGGGGGUGUUUAUUGUUCCAACAUCUGGGGUUUAUGUCUUCUCAUGGUCGAUUCGAUUAUAUGGGAGUGCCAAACACUCUGCAGAAUUGGUUGUCAACAAUGAAACUCACGGAAAGGUUUAUCUGGAUUCUACUCACCUUGACGGACAUGUAUCCGCCGGAGGUAUUGCUCGUUUGCAGGCAGGGGAUGACGUGUAUAUGCAAGUAAAGGCUGGUGUUUGCAACAGUCAGGGAGCAAUCAUCAGUGAUGCUUGUGGUUGGUCUUCGUUCAUGGGAUGGAAAAUCUCCUCUUUAUGAGAGAAUUAACAUGUAAAAAGAGUAACGUGUCUUAAAUUAUCUUUA